AGCUGAAGAUCAUCAGCAUCAAGCAUAUGAGCAAAGAAAAUAAUACUUCAAGUAUAAGCUAUUUCUUAAGGUCAUCACUCAGAAAGUUCCUGCAAACAUCACUCAAAUAUGUCUUACUUCAAACUUGCUGUCAUCGCAUUUUUUCUGUUCGCUGCUUCAGCUAUGGCAAUGCCUGAUGCAAAAAUUCAAUCCGUCACAAGGAGAGAAAAAGUGGGUGAAGGACUGCUGCAGGCAGAAAUAAAAGCAUUGAUAGAACUUAAACAAGUCGAGAAGGCAAUGAUUUCAGGCUUAAGGCUUAAAAUGAUGGGAGCAAAUGAUGACUGUGCUCCAUCAGGCAAUGCUUGUUUCCCUAAUGGACCUGAAGAGUACUGUUGCUCCGGCUCCUGUGUUCCUCAUCCUAUGGUUAAGAUUUUUGUUUGCGCAUAAUCAUCUAAAUAAGCUCCUUAAUAUGGAGUCAUCAAUCAUGCACCUUACUAAAUAAUGUGUAUGAGUAUCUGUAUUAUGAAGGAUGUAGAUGGUCUCUUAAGUUUCUAUUCUUGGCUAGAGAGAUGAAGUUGGAUAUAGAUAUUCAACUACUCUUCAGACAAGGAUUUCUAUGUUUUCUGUUUCUUCAAUAAUGAGAGAUGCUUAUCACGUCAGAUCAUACUUCAA